CAGUCAAUUCGGAGUUCGUUUUGGACUCUGCGAUUUUGGAACUGUCUGAGGGCGACGAGAUUGCGGUGAUUCCACCGUUGAGUGGAGGUUAAAAUGGAAGAGCAAAAAUCGAUAGUUCAUCUCCAGAAGGAAAAAUUGAACAUAAAUGACAUCAUCGAGGCUGUCACCUCCCCCUCGUGUGGGGCAAUAUCGACGUUCAUUGGGACAACUCGAGAUAAUUUUGAGUCCAAGAAAGUACUGAAAUUGGAGUACGAGGCGUACGAGCCCAUGGCCCUGAAGGAGAUGUCCAACAUUUGCAAAAAAAUUCGGGAGCAGUGGAAUGUCCAGCACAUAGCGAUAAUCCAUCGUCUGGGAGAAGUGCCUGUUUCAGAAUCGAGUAUUGCAAUUGCAAUUUCGUCGCCCCACAGGCAGGACUCCCUCCAGGCUGUCCAGUUUGCCAUUGAUACAGUUAAAUCAAGUGUUCCUAUCUGGAAGAAAGAAGUUUACGAUGAUCAAGGGGCUGUGUGGAAGGAGAAUAAAGAAUGUCAUAAGAACGUAGUUAUCAAGUCCGAGCGCCUGGAUGUCGAUGAUCCUGGUAGAAAUGAGUCUGAUCGUUCUGAUAGAGUGAAGAUCGACGUUGAUCCUAGUCAGGUUCAAGUGAGGGCGAGCGCCGAGGAGUUGAGGCGAAGGAUCGGCGCUUUUAUUUCGAGAAAAAGAGAGCAGAAUAAUAUGUUCAAUAUCCAAGAGUUCUGCAGCCACAGAAAUCUGAAAGAUGAGAAUGAGAGCUCGUGUGCUCGAGUCGAUGCCAUCCUAAUUCCCCGAAAGGACUCGAAAAGUCACGUGAAAGUUCAUAGAGUCUUCAACGCCCACGGUCCUCAAACAAUGAAGCCCUCAGCUCUCCAAACAUCACCAGAAUUUCCCAAUACCCCUGAAACUGUUAACCCAGUCCUCGACGAACGCCUGUCGAGUCCAGAGAAAUUUCUUGGCAUCGAAAAACCUGUUCCCAGGGAUAUUUACCAACGGAUUAAAAAUAUUGAGGACAGAAUUCGGUAUUUGGAGAGUCUGUCACCAGAGUACAAAGACUUUUUCACUUUGGGAGCUGUGGGGGGUCAGGACAGGCCCCAGAAACCAGUCAGAAAAAGGACGUUUUCGAGUGCUGAAUUGGAUAAUAAACUCGUGGAGCUAGAGGAGAAAUACGCGAAAAAAGUGAGAUGAUCGUAAUUACCUUGAAAUUAUUAUUAUUUUUUUUAAAUUAAAUCGAAUGUAGAUUAUUCCGGAUUUAUUGGGUGGACUGGUCUCAAUAAUUCUUCGGAGUUGAAGGUGUUUUUGAUUUGACAUUUAAUGCAAUUUUCGAUAAGAAAAUUUUGGAUAAAGAAAGAUUAGGGAUUUUUAAAGAA